CUACUCGAACACGGACAUACGUAUCGAGGAGAUGCGCGUCUGCAGUUUAUUUCCGAGGUUCGUCUGUUUCGGCUAACCGAGUAGCUGAUUGGUCCGUUCUAGCAGAAACUCGACGGCAAUUGGUGUACGCGCAAUUGGAAGCAAAAAUUGCCCUUGGAAUUAGUCCGGUGUGUAUAACUAUAGAGAAGUUGCACCGUUGGCAGUUUUUAUGACUUCAAUAUUAGGUUAGGUCGCCGAAAGGGGGACGCUGAUAAUAUUUGAGUUGGGAGUAUCGACAAGAAUUCAUUUGUUUCUUCUCAAAACCGGUAAUGCGAUGGUUUUGGCAAAGGAUUCUAAAGAUCUGGGUGCCUUAUUUUUUAACUUUGCGGCAACGUUAAAGAAUAAAGUAUUCAGAUUUAAAUCGACGCCUCAUGUCCGGGCUGGAUAAGUAUGUAAGGUCAACACCGACAUUACCGUUCUUCGAGUGUUGAGCGCGAGUGAAUUCAUAGGUCGGCUACAAUCGAGGUUUUGAUCGAGAUCGAUAUUCAAUUGUUAGUGAAACGAAGCUGAACGAAGUCGGUUAAAUUUCUGUCGCGUCGUAAAGUGACGUUUGUUAGUUUUCAGAAAAUAAUUGAUGAGUCAAAAUUUUCAUUGUAAUUUGUGACGGGACUAUUAACACGUCAUGGCCGAUGAUGCAGAGCAGGUUCCUGCCAUCAACGUUAAGGAACCGUUAGAUCUAAUCAGACUCAGCUUGGAUGAGCGAAUUUACGUCAAAAUGAGAAACGAAAGGGAACUCAGAGGAAGACUACACGCCUAUGAUCAACAUUUAAAUAUGGUUCUGGGGGAGGCAGAGGAAACUGUAACAACCGUUGAGAUAGACGAAGAAACCUACGAGGAAGUUUACAGAACGACUAAAAGAAAUAUUCCAAUGUUGUUUGUUCGUGGCGACGGUGUCAUUCUGGUAUCUCCGCCAAGCAUGAGGGCGCCAAUCUAAUCCCUACUGACGUAAUUAACUCUAAAAUAAUUUAAAAACAAAUAAUCACUGGAUAAGCUUAUGCUACUAUUACAGGCAAUAAUUGAUGCAAAUAAAAUGAACUUUGUGUAUGAAAACGUGAA